AUGGCCUCAAAUCACAAUGUGCAGGCCGUAGCCUCUGGCGACCUCAUUGACCUUGUUUCGUCUUCCGGCUCAGCGACCAUCUAUCCAACCGACGACGCUAUUCUGGCUGUUUUACAAGCCAGGUUUAGAGCUGAUUUACCGUAUACUCGCGCCGGAGCCACCAAUUUUGUCGCAAUUAAUCCAUAUAAAACUCUAGCGAGUGUUAAUAAUGCCAGUGCAAAGGAAUACGAGGAACGAUCGUAUAAAGACACUAGUUUACCAAUGGUUGACUCACCAAAGCUUCUACAGCCACAUAUUUACGACCUUGCUGCGAGGAUGUAUCUAGUGAUGAGGAGAAGGAAUGAGUCGCAGGCAUUGCUCGCGAGGGGUAUCACAGGCUCUGGAAAGACUUCAAAUCUUCGUCUUUUUACCAACCAGAUCCUCAGGCUGUCCAGUCAUUCGAGCAAAGAAGCCAAAAUCGCAGAGCAAGUCAAAGCACUUGGAAUCGUUCUCGAAUCAUUUGGUAACUCGAAAACGCUCAUGAACCCAAAUGCUUCACGACACAGUCGAUAUACUGAGCUGCAUUUCAACGAGCGAGGAAGAAUUGCUGGUGCCAAAGUCCUCACUUUCGGACUCGACAAGUCUAGACUCAAUCGCCUUACUCAGGAAGAACGGUCUUUUCACGUCUUCUAUCAAUUCAUUGCUGGAUGUACGUCCGCUGAACGAGAUGCACUCAAUAUUGAGGAUCCCUCGGACUAUGCCCUGUUAGCUUCUUCGGGUACCUACAGGCUUCCCGCGGGUCCGUCCAGCGAUGACUCGAUUGCCAUGGGUGACCUGCGAGCUGCUAUGCGAACGCUUGGAUUCAAACCAAAAGCUACCGCAGCCAUUUUUAGCCUCCUUAUAGCCAUUCUUCUUCUCGGCAACCUCGAAUUUGGUGAAGGUGAUUUUCACACCGUUUCCGCUCACGUUACCAAUGUCGAGGUGCUCGACCACGUAUCUCGUUUGCUCGGAGUCUCCUCCGAAGACCUCUCGCAGGCUCUGACGAACAAGACGAGCUAUGUGCGCAAGGAACUUUAUACCGCUUUGCUGAACGCGCAGCAGAGUGCUCUUCAACGAGACCAGCUUGUCCGGGAUCUCUAUGCCAUCAUGUUCGCAUUUGUUGUCGAAACAGCGAACCACAAGGUUGCUCCGUCAUCCAAAUCACCCCCUCCGCACAGCCAGAUUGUUUUGCUCGACCAACCCGGGUAUCAGUCUCGCGGUCCAACCGGAACAAGUUCCGUCGCUCUUUCGGGUAAUGCUCCUCUCAUAUCCGCUUACGGCCAAAACGGCUUUGACGAGUUUUGCAUCAAUUUUGCCGAUGAGAUGCUCCAGUCGUACUUCACGCGCCAAACGUUUGAGGACACCAUUGGGUAUAGUAAUCAUAUUGUCAGCGACGGCGUGUCGAUCCCAGCGAUAUCAACAAUGGAUAAUACGGCGUGUGUGGAGAUGCUUCGAGGGCAGUUGCCGGAUAAGGCGCAGCGGAAGCCUGGAGGGCUCUUGUCGCUGAUGAACAAGGCUUCGUCUGCUCACAAGCAGGGUAAGGGUAACAGUGAUCAUCGUAAUGAAGAUUUGUUGCAGGAAAUGCAAGCUAAAUUCGGCGUGCAUGCAUCCUUCGUCGCUACUUCUGGUAACGCAAACCGUAUGCAGUUUGGUGUCAACCACUAUGCUGGUGUGUGCAUGUAUGACGUUUCAGACUUUGUAGAAAAGGACACAGACUUGCUUGAUCCGGCUUUCGUCCCACUGUUGAGGAAUUCCAGUGAAAGCUUUGUCGCCAAAUUAUUCUCUGGCCCAAGUUUGGCAGUGGAGAAGCACUACAAGGACGAGUCAAUCGUUGUCCAAGCACAAGUCUCCUCCAGACCACUGCGUACCCUCACACCAUUCGUUUCCUCCAAUUUCACAGGAGAAGGCGAACGUACUUCAGAAGAUGCACAAGAACACCUCGAGCUCGACAGAGGUAAAUCUUACCCUGUUACCACUCAAAUCAACUUCACUCUUUCCGAGCUCUUUGCCAACAUCUCCAAAGCCCGUCUCUGGGCAUUGUCUUGCAUUCGUCCGAACGACUCCGGCUCACCAAAUUCUUUUGACAAACGCCGAGUCAAAGCUCAAAUUCGUAGUCUCCUCCUAUCUGAUUUGGCCUCCCGUCGCAGUGUCGAAUGCAUCGCCGACUUUGACCUGGCUCAAUUCUGUGACCGUUAUGUCCCGACUAUGCGUGGGUCUGAGAGUGAGCGAAUCACACAAUGUGCUCGAGCGAAUGGGUGGAUUGAGGGUGUAGAUUAUGUUGUUGGCCACCGCUCGAUAUGGCUUUCGUAUUCCGCUUGGAAAAUGGUAGAAGAUACUGUUCGGGCUGUAGAAAAAGACGCCAAGAGGGCUUUAGGGGACGCAGGCAUGGAAAUGGACGAUGACGAGGACGCCAGUGUCGCACCGGACGAUGGCACAGAAUACACGCAUGAAGGAGGAGGUUAUGGUUAUGGGGGUGUUGGAUCCCAAAUGGACGGUGGUGGACUCGGAGCGAGUAAUGAUGACUUGGUAUUGAGGAGGACAGGAACAAACGGAACUCAACAUCGUUCCCCUAAUCAAGGUCCAGCAUACAAUGCUCUACCGGCCCCGAAUUCCCCAGCUCAAAUGUCGACGCCGAACGCGUUCAGAGGCCAGGCGGAUGAUGGCGGCUGGGGAUCCGAAUGGGAUAAGAAGGAUGAGUCGUCAGUUACGGGGACAGGUACAGUCCCUGCUGGGUCAUCUGUCAAGGAAGGUGAUGGUCUUGUCGUCAAAGACGCUCCAGACUCUGUCGAAGAAGUUCCUUCAACAAGGAGCCGGAGAUUCUGGCUUGGAACUGUCUGGGCUUGUACUUGGUUCAUUCCCUCGUUUUUGCUGACGCAUGUUGGGCGGAUGAAACGACCUGAUGUUCGGCUUGCAUGGAGAGAAAAGGUCACCAUUUGUUUCCUCAUUUUGCUUCUCAACGGCAUCGUCAUUUUCUACAUUGUCAUUUUUGGCCGGUUACUUUGCCCCGACUAUGAUAAUGCAUGGUUGACGAACGAGGUCGCAGAACAUACUGCAGAUAAUGACUACUAUGUCGCUAUUCAAGGAAAAGUCUACGAUGUCUCAAACUUCGUUCAAGGCCAACACAGUGAUAUCGACGGAGAGGACUCCAACUCCGAUGAUGUCUUGGAAGCGCUUGCUGGACUGGAUUUGACAUAUUACUUCCCAGUUCCUCUUGUCCUCGGCUGCGGUAAUCUUGGUCCGACCUCAACGAUGAAGCUGUCGUUCAAGAACUUCACUGAAACUGAACCGACUGCGGAUCAUUCGUCAGGAGAGUUUGCUCAAUCUACGACGAGCCAGCUUCAUAAUUCGGAUUGGUAUACUGCGACGUUCCAACCCGUCAUCAAUCAGUAUCACAUUGGAACGCUAGUUCACAGUUGGGAUGAGAUACAGUCCUAUGCAUCAGAUGAAGACAUUGAAAAGAUCUGGGGUGUCUAUAACAACAAUCUCUAUGAUCUGACUGACUACUUCUACACUCAAGACCAAAAUGACAACAAUGACGCAUAUCUUUUCCUCGACUCUGGUAUCGAGACCGUUUUCAAGGAUCGUUCUGGCCAAGACAUCACCGAUUCGUUGAAUACCGCGCUCGGGAAGCUUAACGAGACCUAUCGUCAACAGAAUCUGGACUGUCUCAACAAUGUCUUCUACAUUGGCCAGACUGACUUCCGCACUACCGCCAGGUGCCAAGCGCCAAACAUUACGCUGAUCGUGGUAGCUGCUAUUCUGAUGUCUACAAUGGUUUUGAAAUUUCUUUCUGCUCUGCAGCUUGCUCCUAAACGUACCCCGGAGUUGCAAGACAAAUUUGUGCUCUGCCAAGUUCCUUGUUACACAGAAGGGGAAGACUCUCUUCGCCGCACUAUUGACUCCCUUGCUGCUCUCAACUACGACGACAAGCGCAAACUUAUCUUCAUCAUCUGCGAUGGAAACAUUACCGGAAGCGGGAACGACCGUACCACGCCCCGCAUCGUCCAGGAUAUUCUCGGUGUGGAUCCUAAGCUUGACCCUGAACCAUUGAUGUUCAAGUCGGUCGGAGAAGGCUCACGUGCGCUAAAUUAUGGCAAAGUGUACUCCGGGUUAUAUGAGUUCGAAGGACACGUCGUGCCGUACAUGGUUGUUGUGAAAGUUGGUAAACCCACGGAGCGUUCAAAACCUGGCAAUCGUGGCAAGCGUGACAGUCAAAUUUUGCUUAUGCAUUAUUUAAACCGUGUUCACUUUGACGCGCCUAUGAGUCCGCUAGAGCUGGAGCUGUAUCAUCAGAUGAGGAAUGUUAUUGGGAUCGAUCCUGCCUUCUACGAGUAUAUAUUCACCAUCGACGCCGACACAACUGUGACACCAGAAUCUCUCAACAGGCUUGUAGCUUCGGCCGCUAUCGACUCGAAUAUCAUUGGAAUAUGUGGCGAAACCAAGGUAGCGAACGAGGAUACUUCCUGGUGGACAAUGAUCCAGGUUUACGAGUAUUACAUAUCCCACCACUUGACCAAGGCCUUCGAAAGUCUCUUCGGCUCCGUCACCUGUCUUCCCGGUUGCUUCAGUCUUUACCGUAUUCGUACAGCAGACAAGGGUCGGCCUAUCAUCAUAUCGAACCGUGUCAUUGACGAGUACGCCGAACCCAACGUUGAUACCCUUCACAAGAAGAAUCUUUUCUCUUUGGGAGAAGAUCGUUAUUUGACGACACUGUUGAUGAAACACUUUCCUACGUUCAAGACCAAAUUCAACCCUGAUGCUGUAGCCCAUACGGUCGCUCCGGAGUCUACUCGUGUGCUAUUCUCUCAACGUCGUCGUUGGAUCAACUCCACGGUCCAUAACCUGUGUGAAUUGGUGAUGCUCCCUGAGCUCAUCGGAUUCUGCUGUUUUUCUAUGCGUAUAUUCGUUUUUGUUGAUCUUUUGAGUACCAUGAUCCUGCCUUCCACCGUCGUCUAUCUGGUAUACCUUGUUAUCGUAGUUUCUCUUGGAAAAUCCCCCUUCCCGUUGAUUGCCAUCAUCAUGAUUGCAGCUGGGUAUGGUCUUCAAAUUUUGAUCUUCAUCUUGAAGCGUGAAUUCAUGCUGAUCGGGUGGAUGGUCGUUUACCUUCUUUCGUAUCCAAUCUACAGCUUAUUCCUUCCGGUUUAUUCCUUCUGGUGCAUGGACGAAUUCGGUUGGGGUAACACUCGUUUGGUUAUCGGUGAAGGAAAAGACAAGAAGGUCAUUGUAAAUGACGAUGAUAAAUUUGACGAGUCGAUGAUUCCACUGAAGAAGUUUAGUGAAUACGAAGCUGAAGCAUGGGAAACUGGUUCGCGUCAUUCAGAUGAAACUGGAUAUAGUAAGCCGCACACACAUCCGCGUCCAACCGCAUCUCGGACUGGUUCUCCCUACAACUAUCAACAAGGCUCACAAGCUGGUGAUUACUAUCGUGACACGAACUUAACGAUGAAUAGUCGUUCGAAUCCCAAUCCAUUCACGGGGAGCCAGCAAUCUUUAAGCAACCUUUCACAUCAUGGUGGUCAGCAAUACGCUGCACCUCAACUCCCUUACAUGCCUUUUGGUGGUGGGCCAGGCUCUGCCGCCGGCUCUGAUUAUGGCGGACGGAUGCCUAUGGGACCAGUUAUGCCAAUGAGCUAUCAGAACACUGGCAGUAUGUAUGGGAUGCCGAUGGGGAUGGGGAUGAAUAUGAUGUCUCCUGCCGCUAUGGAUCCCCGAACCACUAUGAUGGCUGGUAUGAUGACUGGUGGUAGCUUUGGUGGCUCUCAGUCUGGUGCAUUCGCCCCACCUACCAUGCCUGCCAGUCAAGAGCAGCGACCAUUGUCCACAUUUUCGAUGGCGACCACUGUCAACCCAUUUGCCGGUCCCAGCCAGAACCCCAAUCCUAGUGAUGACGAACUUUUCGCCGCAUUGCGCAGCUAUCUCGGUACUCAAGACCUAAUGACUGUUACCAAGAAAACCGCUCGAGAAGCCAUGAAUGCUAAAUUCCCGAGAGCGGACCUACUGUCGCGCAAAGACUUCCUCAACAAGUCCAUUGACACUAUCCUUGCAGAAUAG